AUGCUACCUUCUGGCGAUUACAAAAUUCAGAAUUUUCUGCAUACCGACAGGUUUAUCCACAUGAAAGCCGACGGCACAGUUGUUGGCUAUGAGGAGGCUGACAUUGUCCACCUCAAUGUCACGAACGCAGCUAUGGGUCUUGGGACUCUUUUUGAUAAAUUGAGGAACAAGUAUAUUGUCAUCGAUAAUGAGACAGGUAACGUCGUGGGCUGCGACGAUUCCCAGGAGCUCCAGUUCUCCACCGAGGGCGACAAAAAAUAUAUAAUCCAUAUCAUGAACGUCGACGAAGUGUGGCUCCUCAAUAAAGGCAAAGACUGGACCCCGAUCGUUACUGCUCCGGCUCCUCCCCCGGGUGUUCAGGACUACGAGAGGAAGUACUGGCUAUUCGCAGAGGAUAGUGAGAUGUACGGGUAG